AUGGCCGCAGCAGCAGCAUCUCCCCCCACAUUUCCUCACUUCUCCAAUCUCCCCCCAGAGCUACGCAUCCUAAUCUGGCACGAAGCCCUCCCACAAAAAGACAGCCCCGCCCUAAUCUUCUUCAAAAAAGGAUGUUGGCACCUGCGACGCCUAUCCGAAUCCGAGCAAGGCUACGACCCCACCGACCCCUCCCACCCGCACUUCUACUUCCGCCCCGAACUACUCGACCAUGUCGAGGUCGAGGUCCCGCUGUAUUUCGUCAACCGUGAGGCGCGCAGGAUCGCUCUAGCCUGGUGUCGCGAGCAGGAGAUCUCAAUGCGCUUCUCCGGCAACCAGUCUCCCGUCUUUGCGCGCCCGUUUAACCCAGAACACGAUGUGCUGUACGUCCCGCUCGAUCAAUGGGACGGCUUCCUCUGCGAGCCGUAUGAUCGGAUGUUUGCGCCGGAAAUGUUAGACCAGUCUGUCAGCACUUAUGCUCUGGAGCUGGGGGGCAUCGCUGUGCCCGAAGCACAGGUUCUUAGCAGCGCCUCUGUACUACAUGAGAUGUUCGAGUGGCCCUAUUGGCCAGCGGUGCUGUAUGUCAUUGUUGACCCGCCGCCGAAUCUGCGGUUGGAGUAUGCGGGGACAAAUGUCCAGCGGCGGUGGGAGAUUCAGAGCCGGCCGGGAGGGACAUUGUUCUAUAACUGGAAGGACGGUCGUGGCAGCUUUGAGGAUGCGAUUGGUGAGUGUUUUGGUCAUGAAGCCUUGUACCAGCGGAUCAAGGAGGCUAGCAAAGGGCUAGGUGAAGGGAUAACAUUGCACAAUGUCCGCAGCUUUGAGGUACGGCCUGUCUCUGCCGUUAGAAGAUGA